CCUCUGCCCGACACACGUCAACAAGUGGAUUUACCUGCCGUCGCCAUCAAUGGCCUCCACAGGUUGGCAGCAUCCUUACGUCAACGUAUUCAAACAUGUCCGAGUUGAAGACUGGAAGAGGUCUGCGAAAGAGGGGGACGUGACAACAUACACGGACAAGACGCUGAAAUGCUCAGUUUUCAGAAUCCGGGGUCCUGUUCCUGCCAACAGUUACAUCCUGGUUCCCAAAAACACCAACCAGUCUCUGGGGCUGGUCGGGCGCUACUUCUACCUUCUGUUCAGACCCAUUCCUGGGAAAUACUUUGUAGUCCACCUGGAUGUUGCCGCAGAGGAGGGCCAGGUUGUGCGUAUCACCUUUUCAAAUAUGUUCAAAGAGUUCAAGGCCACAGCGACCUGGCUCCAGUUUCCUUUUCUGUGCGGAGCUGAGAAGGAUUCAGUCUAUGAGAGCACAUCCAAAUCUGCAAGACCUGGUAUCGUGGGUCCAGCGCCCAAUUCAGUGCGCUGGACCUGUCUGAUGCUGGAUCUGCAGCACACACUCUCCGUCUAUGUCAAUCGCUGCUACAGACACGUGAAGAGCAUCAAGCUUUGUGCCAACUUGGCAGUGAAAAACAUGUUUACCAGUGACCUGCUGCUCGAUCCAGGGGUUUCUUUCAGUGAGGCCAAGCUGAUGGGACUGGCCUCCUCUCUGGGAACAGGUCCCAUGCCUCGAGACAUGUCAUUCCCUGUGCCCAAGGGCAGCUCCUGGCAUGACCUCUACGACCAUAUCAAGUUUCCCUCAGAGGGAACAGAGUUGCCCUUAGACUCCAUUCAAAAAGGCAAUCCAGGCGGUGAGGUAUCUCGCUGUGUCACCCUCAGCAAACCAGUUCAGGACCGCGUGUCCCUCGUCCAGCAGAUCACCACCCCAAAAUCACUGCUGAGGGAUCGAACCCCCGUGGUGACAGACAUAUCUGAGUUGGGUGAACCCUCCUCUCACCCAAAAGACGACUGGCUUUGCCAUAAUGAUAACCAGCAGCAGCAGCAGUCCGCAUGCUUCAGCCCACACCAGCUCAGAUCCAGGUCACCCUGUGAUACUGAUGACAGUGAAGUCCAUGUGUUUGCGCACCCUGAGGACGCCUUCAGCAAAUACGGGGAGGAAAGUGAAGAAGAGUUUGUUUGCAGUUCUCCUCCACAUCCUCUUCAUUUGUCAUCAGCUAAAGAAACCAAACAGCAGAAGCUGCUUCCAGACCCUAUUCUCAAUCUCAAUCGAAUCAUUGGAUUUGGAGGAGGCACUUUUAAAAAUGCUCUGUGGACCAAAUCAGGUGAUGCAGUGGUUUAUCCGUGUCAUGCAAUUAUCGUCUCUAUGAAGAUUUCUUCGAACCAGCAGAGAUUCUUUAUUGGCCACACUGAUAAGGUGUCUGCCCUAGCUUUUAAUGCCAACGCAACCCUGCUGGCCUCAGCGCAAACUGGUAAUCAUAGUGUAGUUCGAGUAUGGAACUACCACAAAGGAAACUGUCUGGCAAUGUUCAGAAUUCAUGCUCAUUCAUUAUCCUCUCUUAGUUUCUCCCACAGUGGCAGUGUUCUCUGUGGAGUGGGUAAAGACAGCCACACUAAAACAAUGGUGGUGGUGUGGAACACUCAGAACAUCACUAAAGGUGGAGAGGUGACCAUCUUAGCCAAAGCUCACACCGAUGUGGACAUUAACACCAUGAAGAUCGCCUUCUUUGAUGAUACAAGGUUGGUGUCUUGUGGUCGUGACAAUAUUCGUCUGUGGCGAGUACGGAACGGGACGCUGCGCUCCUGUCCAGUAAACCUGGGGGACUACCACUCCAUGGACUUCACCGACGUGGCCUUUGAGGAGGGAAACGCCUCCAGCCAGCAUCCAGAUGAUCAAACCCUAUUUGCCAGCAGUCGCAGUGGCCAUAUCUUUGAGGUGGACUACAGCCGCGUAGUCAUUAGAAAUGUGAGGAGACUGUUGCCUGCACCGCAGCAGCAUGCAGGCCGUAGAGAGAAAUUGACUUUUAACACAGGUCCCGGCAUCGCCAUCAACAGCAUCAGCGUGUGCUCGUCAUUCUGUGCCACGGGCUCUGAAGACGGCUUCCUGCGUCUGUGGCCCCUUGAUUUUUCUGCCGUCUUCCUGGAGGCUGAGCACGAGGGACCUGUGAGCCUGGUGUCUGUCUCAUCGGACAGUCUUCAGGUCCUGGCAGCCACCUCAACCGGUAUCCUGGGUUUCCUUGAUGUCAGCAGCCGCGGGUACAACACGCUGAUGAGGUCGCACACAGACACUGUGCUUGGCUUCAGUGUGGACGGCGUCCGUCGGCAUCUCACAACUGCCUCUUCCGACGGCACAGUGCGCAUUUGGAAUAUGGACUCCUUACAGCAGCUGUACGACUUUGUGUCUGAGGACAGCCCCUGUUCAGUGGCCUUCCAUCCCAGUGAGCAGGUCUUCUCUUGUGGCUCCAACUCGGGCGUCAUCCGGGUCUUCGACAUCUCAAGUGCCAAACUGUUGGCUGAACACAAGCAUCACAUUGGUGAAGUGGUGGGUCUUGCCUUCUCUCCGGACGGGGAGUACAUGUACAGUGCUGACUCUCAGGGCUCCCUUGCACUUUAUAACUCCUCUGAGGAAGAUCACAAUGUCAUCAGAGUUGUAUGUAAUGUGGUAGCCCGAGGCACGGAGCGCGCCCCAGACGCUCUCACAGUGCGCAGCGACAGCCGCUGUCUGGCUUUUGUCGGUCCCUCCGAGUACAUCGUCACUAUUGCUGACGCACGGUCUCUGGAUGAGUUGCUCCACGUGGAUGUGAGUAUUUUGGACGUAGAGAGCCCUCGUCUGGAUUCUGCACUGAAGGUCUGCUUCUCCCUGGCCUCCACUGAACAUCUGCUGGUUGCGACAUCUGCUAACAAAAUCCUCUGGGUUAGCACUAAGACAGGCCGUCUGCUUCGAGAGAUGUCUAAGGUUCACAAACACCAGAUCUCAUCCUUGGCUGUUAGUGAGGACAGUCGAUUCCUGCUGACUGCGGGACACAAUGCUGUUAAAGUGUGGGAUUAUAACAUGCAGCUCGAUGUCAACUCACAGUUGUUCAUAGGUCACAGUCAGCCUAUCUGCCAGGUGAGCUUCACCCCGGACCAAAUGGGAGUUGUCUCAGUGGGAGACGCCAUAUUUCUGUGGGACUUUCUGGCGCAUUCUAGUUACUCUUUGACUGAAAAAAGUUUACCUCUCAGAGUAAACCACCCCUCGGCCCCUAGAUCAGAUGUUGCAGUGAGUGAAGUUCAGUUGGCCAAUGGGAUGCCUCGACAAAAAGCACCCCUCCCUUCCUCACCACCUCCACAUCUGGAGAUCAGCACGACAUACCAAGCUGAUCGGGAUGACACCCCAACCAUCAUAACUUCUCCGGGCCCACCCAGUGGUUCAGGUCCGUCAUCUGGUCCCAGAUCUGCCGCCUCCUUCCUCAAAGUAACAGAGAUGGUCAAAACACCUUCCCUGAAUAGCUUCCAUAACGACACUAUUCAGUCAAAAGGCAAGAAGCCAAUACGUCCAGAUUGUUACAGGCACUUUAUCCCACGUUUCAAGCCCUCCACUAUUGAUCAGGCGGCUGUGGCUCCCCAACCAGGAGAGGAGGGCAUCAAGCUGAAAGCAGUGAUUGGCUACAAUGGCAAUGGCCGUGGCAACAUGGUGUGGAGCCCUGACCAAGGUUUAUUUGCGUACUCGUGUGGCUGCGUGGUGGUGGUGGAGCACCUUCAUACAGGAUGUCAGAGACACUUGCAAGGCCACAGUGAGGAGAUCUCUUGUCUUGCGAUCUCAAAUGAUGCACAGAAAAUGGCAUCAGCAGCAGGCGGCAGUAACGGCAGCAGGAGCCUCGUCUGCAUUUGGGAUGUGCAGAAUGGAACAUGUCAUAAAAGCAUCUCCUUCCACAGAGGGGCGGUGCAAAGUCUCUGUUUUUCCAGGGACGAUCGCUUCUUUCUCUCUGUCGGAGACUUCUCUGAGCCAGAGCUGGCUCUGUGGAGCACCAAGACCUUCCAGCUGCUGUCCAGCGUGAGCAUGUCUGGACCGAUCCAUGAUGCAGCCUUCAGCCGCUCUGCAGCCGGCCAGCUUGCCUGUGUGGGCAGCCAGGGGAUUUACUUCUGCCUCCUCCACACUCAUGACCUGGAUGUUGACCUCCAGGUCCAGAGGGUAAAAGCACCUGCGGCGGUCGGGGAUGUGGAGCUGACUGCUCUGUGCUAUCACACGGACUCCUUUCUGUUCACUGCCACUAACCGAGGACAUGUUUGCGUCUGGGACGUGAACACACAGGAUUGCUUUAUGACCUGGGAAGCAGAUAAGGGAGAGAUUGGAGUGCUGUUGUGUCGAGGGAACCGUCUGUUGACGGGCAGCAACACCCGCUGGUUCCGACUGUGGGAGGUCGAAGCUAUUCAGAGCCUGGAGCCCCAGGAACAAGUCUGCCAUGUGGAGGACAGAUGGACCACUGUGGUGUUGGAGAAAGAGAUCAUGCUGGACGGAACCGUAGUCAGCGCAGCAUUUGAUAACACAAUAGACAUGGGCAUCGUUGGAACCACAGCGGGAACUCUCUGGUACAUCAACUGGUCCGAUAACAGCAGCAUCCGGCUGGUCAGCGGGCACAAGACCAAGGUUAAUGAUGUCGUGUUCAGCCCUGACGAGAAUCACUUCGCCACCUGCAGCGAGGACGGCAGCGUGAGGGUGUGGUCGGUGCCCAGCAACGAACUGGUGGUGCAGUUCCAGGUGCUCAACCAGGCCUGUUGCUGUGUGUGCUGGAGUCCCUCUCCCAGUGAGAACAGUGCAUGUGUGGCUGCAGGAUACAGUGACGGGACCCUGAGGAUCUUCCGACUUGCCUCCUCAGAGAUGGAGAUGAAGCUGCAUCCCCAUCAAGUUGCCGUCACUGCCAUCCAGUACUCGGCUAGUGGUCACGUGAUCCUUUCAGGGGGGAAGAAUGGUCUCGUAGCUGUCAGCAGCCCCGUGAAUGGAGCGACUAUCCAGAUCAUCAGGGACCACAAAGGAGCUCAGAUUAACACCAUCCAGUGUGUGACUGAAGAGUGUAAGAAUUUCGCGUUGGAAGAAAAGGAGAUGUGGUUGACAGCCAGUGCUGACAGACGUGUCAGUGUGUGGGCUGCCGAUUGGUUGAAGGACAAGUGCGAUCUCCUAGACUGGCUGACGUUUCCCGCUCCUGCCUAUUUGGAGGACGACAGCCCACCUCCCAGCCUGGCUGCCUUCUGUCCAACAGACCCUGACCUGGUGGUCUACACAGGCUACGGAGUAGAGAAAGAGUUGUCCUUCUACAGCCUGACUAAAAAACAGAUAAUUAAAAAGAUUGCCCUGCCCCACUGGGCCACAUGCUUUGGUCUCUCCUCUAAGUCUCAGCUCGUAGCUGUGGGAUCAAAAGAGCGCGUGUUGAAGUUAAUCAAGUCGAGCAGCGGCAGGUUUCAGGACUUCCUGCAGCACAGUGACUCACUGCAGACGUGUCACUUCUCACCCACUGGGACGCUUUUUUUCACAGUGGCUUAUAAUGAGAUCUUGCUGUGGGAGGUGCAGGGCCUCUGAGGGCCUCGGAUCUGUUUCAUUUAGUCAAUUUGCCUAGUUCCAUUGGUAUAUACUGUAAUUUUAUUGUUCCAUAAAUAUUUCUUUUUGUGAAGUAGUUGUGUAGAAGCUUUGUGCCGCAGAGGUUUUUAUUUAAUUAAAUUAACAUUGUGUGUGGUU